UGAGUAGUAGAUAUUUUUUCAAGGGUAUUUAAAUGUUUCCCUAGGUUGUAAAGGGUAAACUCAUGUGAGGAAACUUGUUUCUGUGUAGUUUAGGACUAGAGCCUAGAGCUCCAAGCUCCCUGGCCAUUAUUAUCUGUUCACUUACCACUUUCCUCUAAUUCUUCCAGUCCAUCCUUGUUCCUAGAAAGAAUGUACACUGAUCCCUCUGUACACUAUUCACAGUACACUGUACUGCAAAUGGACUGCGGACACAAAUAAUGCAAAAACUGAAAAGAGGCUCAGCUUUAAAAAAUCAUCAUAUUAGUUUCUCCAAGAAAAUAAAUAACUUUAUAAUAUAAGGCUUAUUGUACAGGAAGCCUUGGAUCAUUCUUAGAUCUCGUUGCAAAUCAAAUAACAGGAGCUUGACUUGUAUUCUUUCAGGAGAAAUAGGUUUAGGAAUGGAAAUAGCUAUAAAACUGAUGCUUCAGUUUGUCAAGAAUGGGUUGCAGUAACAGUUUAGGACUCUGAGUGUCGCUGUUCACCAAUCAGGAGGAAACAUGACAACCAGAAAUUUAAUUCAAACCACAAGAUUUCUGCACCAUAAAGCACCGGUUCUGGGGCUUUACGAAAGCUUCAAACUGGACUCCUGAGAGUUCCAACACCCAAAGGUGAAAGCGCAUUGUCUUGGACGCAGAAGAUCCUGGGGCUCCUCCAGCCUCCACGACGGAAAGCCGAAGCGUAGACUACUCCGCGGCGGGGCUGUAAUGGCGGCUCCUCCUUAUCGCCCAGGCUGCAGCAGGCUGGUCCGGAUCUGCCUUCUCCUGGGGGCCCUGUGGGAAAUCCGAGCCGAACAGAUUCGCUACUCGGUGCUUGAAGAGCUGGACAAAGGCUCUUUCGUGGGCAACAUCGCCAAAGACCUGGGGCUGGAGUCCCGGGAGCUGACGGAGCGCGGAGUGCGCAUCGUCUCCAGAGGUAGGACCCAGCUCUUUGCUCUGAACCCGCGAAGCGGCAGCUUGAUCACGGCGGGCAGGAUAGACCGGGAGGAGCUCUGUGACAGAUCUCCAAAGUGUGUAGCAAACUUGGAGAUUCUCCUAGAGGACAAAGUGAAGAUUUUUGGAGUAGAAGUGGAAAUAAUCGAUGUUAAUGAUAACGCGCCCAGCUUUGGGACCCAGGAAAGAGAAAUAAAAGUCGUUGAAAAUGAAAAUCCUGGGACAAGAUUUCCUCUUCCUGAAGCUUUUGAUCCGGAUGUAGGGGUAAACUCCCUGCAGAGUUACCAGCUAAACUCGAAUGGUCACUUCUCGCUGGACGUGCAAAGCGGAGCCGAUGGGAUUAAGUACCCGGAGCUGGUGCUGGAGCGCGCCCUGGACCGCGAGGAAGAAGCGGUGCACCACCUCGUCCUCACCGCCUCAGACGGGGGCAAGCCGGUUCGCUCUGGCACUGCCAGGAUUCUCGUGAAACUUAUCGAUACCAACGACAAUGCUCCCGUAUUCAGUCAACCCGAGUACCACGUAAGUGUUCGCGAAAACAUACCAGUGGGCACACUGCUACUCACGGUAGAAGCCACUGAUCCAGACGAAGGGGCCAAUGGAGAAGUGACAUAUUCUUUCCGGAAAGUGAGAGAGAAAAUAUCCCAGCUCUUCCAGUUGAAUUCUCUGACCGGGGACAUAGCAAUAUUGGGGGAUCUAGAUUACGAGGACUCUGAAUUCUAUGACAUAGAUGUAGAAGCCCAUGAUGGACCUGGUCUCCGAGCCAGAAGCAAAGUACUGGUGACAGUUUUGGAUGUAAACGACAACACUCCAGAAGUCACGGUUACAUCCCUCAUUAGCUCAAUCCAAGAAACUUCUUCCCCAGGCACAAUUAUUGCACUUUUCAAUGUGCAUGAUGGUGACUCAGGAGAGAAUGGCCUUGUAACAUGUUCACUUCCAGAUAAUCUGCCAUUCACACUUGAAAAGACCUAUGGAAAUUAUUAUCGUUUGUUGACGCACCGAACUCUGGACAGGGAAGAAGUCUCAGAAUAUAACAUCACGGUAACUGCCACUGACCAGGGAACUCCACCGCUGUCUACAGAAACUCGUAUCUCGCUGCAGGUGGCAGACAUCAAUGAUAAUCCACCCUCUUUCGCUCGUGCCUCCUACUCUGCCUACAUUCCAGAAAACAACCCCAGAGCUGCCUCCUUCUUCUGCUUGACCGCCCAGGACCCCGACAGCGGCGAGAACGCCCGAGUCACUUACUCUCUGGCCGAGGACACCCUCCAGGGUACACCUCUGUCUUCCUACAUCUCCAUCAACUCCGACACCGGGGUCCUGUAUGCCCUUCGCUCCUUCGACUAUGAGCAGUUUCGGGACUUACAGCUAUGGGUGACUGCCAGCGACAGCGGGGAUCCGCCGCUUAGUAGCAAUGUGUCAUUAAGCCUGUUCGUGCUGGACCAGAAUGACAAUGCGCCCGAGAUCCUGUACCCGGCUCUUCCCACCGACGGAUCCACUGGAGUGGAGCUGGCUCCCCGCUCUGCAGAGCCCGGCUACUUGGUGACCAAGGUGGUGGCUGUGGACCGCGACUCAGGACAGAACGCCUGGCUGUCCUACCGCCUGCUCAAGGCCAGCGAGCCAGGGCUCUUCGCGGUGGGGGUGCACACGGGCGAGGUGCGCACGGCACGGGCCCUGCAGGACAGAGACGCACUCAAGCAGAGCCUUGUGGUGGCCGUUCAGGACCACGGCCAGCCCCCUCUCUCGGCCACGGUCACGCUCACCGUGGCCGUGGCCGACAGCAUCCCCGAUGUCCUAGCCGACUUGGGCAGCAUCAAGACGCCCUCUGACCCAGAAGAUUCAGGCCUCACGCUGUACCUGGUAGUGGCCGUGGCCGCCGUCUCGUGUGUCUUCCUCGCCUUUGUCAGCGUGCUGUUGGCGCUCAGGCUGCGGCGCUGGCACACGUCGCGUCUGCUCCAGGCUUCAGACGGCGGGCUGGCGGGCAUGUCCGCCUCUCACUUUGUGGGCGUGGACGGGGUGCGCGCCUUCCUGCAGACCUAUUCCCACGAGGUCUCCCUCACCGCAGACUCUCGGAAGAGUCACUUGAUCUUCCCCCAGCCCAACUACGCUGAUACACUCAUUAGUGCAGAGAGCAGUGAGAAAAGAGAACCUCUUCUGAUAACUCAGGAUUUACUUGAAACAAAAGGAGACCCCAGUCAGGUGAGUUGAUCUUAUACCAGAUCUUACUGACAUUCAAACA